UAAACAAAACAAUAAAGAAGCUUUUGCACCAAAUCUUGCAACACAUUUCGAUGAAACAUUUCCUUGCGUUCUUGUUUUUCUCUUCUCUCCUAUUUGAAGAUAUCAAUGGAGUUGAGGCUUCAAAUCAGAAUCACAACUUGUACCAUGUCAGACCAACGAAACUAUUUGUGUUCGGAGAUUCUUACGUGGAUACAGGAAAUAUAAUAAAGCCUGAAGUUGUAUCUAGGAAAUUUCCUUACGGUAUCACUUUCCCCGGUAAACCGUCCGGUCGUUUUUCUGAUGGCCUCGUCGCCACCGAUUUUGUAGCGCAAGCGAUGGGUAUAAAGUCACCGAUCCCGUACGUGUCAAAAGAGUCUGUAGGAAAGGAGCAGUUGCAGUACGGAAUGAAUUUUGCGUACGGAGGAACAGGAGUGUUCACCACUCUAACUCCAUUGCCCAAUAUGACCACUCAGAUCGAUUUCUUCCAGAAGCUUCUCACCACUAGUGGCAACAUCUACUCUCCCUCGGACCUCAAUUCUUCUAUCGCUCUCGUCAGCGUCGCCGGCAACGACUAUUCCUAUUACUACAUCCGAAACGGCUCCGUCGCGGGAUUCCCAACAUUCAUAAAGCAAGUCCUGAGUCAAAUAGAGGUAGAUUUGCGGCGUAUCCACGCCUUGGGAGUGAAAAAGAUAGCAGUAGCGUCGCUACAGCCACUCGGUUGCCUUCCCAGUUUGACCGUUUUAUCUUCGUACCAGCGUUGCAAUGAGCCAUUGAAUGCGUUGGUAGUCCUACAUAACAAGUUGUUGCAGCAAGUAGUGGCCAAGCUCAAUAGCGAGACAGGAAAGCAUUCGAGUUUUGUAUUGCUUGAUUACUACAGUGCUUUCUUGGCCGUCUUCAAGAAGAAAGGAACGAAUCUUGGGAGUAAGAAAUUUGAAACCCCAUUGAAGCCGUGUUGCAAAGGGAAUUGUGGGAAUGUGGACGAGAAAGGUGUCAAGAAGUAUAGUCUGUGUGAUGAUCCUAAGUCAGACUUCUUCUGGGAUAAUCUUCACCCUAGCCAAGAAGGAUGGAGAUCGGUUUACUCAUUGUUAGGCAAACCUCUAACCGAGUUUUUGACCAAAGUGUAAACAACUUUUCAUUUGACUUAUAUCUUCAUUCACAUUUGUCAACUUAGUAAUUUACAGUAUUUAUUAAUUGAGAAAUAUUAUAAAUAGAUGAA